GUGGUUCAGUCAGUUGGGUAUCUGCCUUUGGCUCAGGUCAUGAUCCUGGGGUCCUGGGAUCAAUCCCCAAAUCAGGCUCCCUGCUCAGCAGGGUGUCUGCUUCUCCUUCUCCCUCUGGCCCUCCCCCCGCUCAUGCUCUCAAUCUCUCUCUCUCUGUCUGAAAUAAAUAAAAUCUUAAUAAUAAUAAUAAAGCUCCAACAAAAGCCUUCCCUCUCUAGCCAAAGGACCAGGGGAGGGUAGCCUACCAUGGCAGAACCUGGGAAAUCACCCCUCUGUUCCAGACAAAUCCCACAGAUACACUGUGGCCGCACCCAUACUUGCAAAGGCCAAAGGGUGAGCCUGGAUUUCCACCCUCCCCGGGCUUGCAAUGAGGCACCCCAACAUCCCUGCCAGGGUGGGGUCCCCCUGGGAAGGCUGAGUAGGGGAGCAAGAACUUUCACCCUAGCCAGCUGGUAACCACGGGGGAGCCUGGACUUCCAACCCAGGCAGUCACGAGGCACCGCUUCCCCUCCCCACUGCAGGGCGUCAGGGAGGCCAGGAGGGUCAGGACUGUUGCUCAUUUCAGCACUUGGAGGCUGCGGGGACCCCCCCCCCACACAGUAAGAAGCCCCCUGCAGAUGUCAACAGAAGCUGAAGGGGGUGCUCAAACUUGUACCUCCACCUGGCAACACGUUUCUUUCCUCAAUAGAGUGGUGUCAAAAAAUGCCAGCUAAAACAGACUCUCAUAGGGAUGCCUGGGGGGCUCAACGGUGGAACAUCUGCCUUCCACUCAGGGUGUGAUCCUGGGAUUGAGUCCUGCAUUGGGAUCCAUGCAGGGAGCCUGCUUCUCCCUCUGCCUGUGUCUCUGCCUCUCUCUCUACAUCUCUCAUGAAUAAAUAAAUAAAAUCUUUAAAAAAAGCCCACCAGGGAUCCCUGGGUGGCGCAGUGGUUUAGCGCCUGCCUUUGGCCCAGGGCGCGAUCCUGGAGACCCGGGAUUGAAUUCCACGUCGGGCUCCCGGUGCAUGGAGCCUGCUUCUCCCUCUGCCUGUGUCUCUGCCUCUCUCUCUCUCUCUCUCUCUCUCUCUCUCUCUCUAUCAUAAAUAAACAAAAAAAAUAAAAAUAAAAAAUAAAAAAAUAAAAAAAACCCACCAGACUCCUGUAAAAUAAUACAAUAGUGGCCAUGUUUCCACACACACACAAAAAAGAAUCAUUCAUCAUACCAAGAACUGCAAAGAGCUCGGAAUGAAUGACAAGGGUAACCAACAGCUCGUCCAAAGGACAGAGGUUCAGUGAGGACGCCUGGGUAAUUAUUUUAAGGCAGCCAUGAUAAUAAUGCUUUAACAAGGAAUUACGGGUAUGCAUGAAACCCAUGCAGACUCAAUGUCAGCAAGGGCGCAAAGGAUCUAAGGAAGCACUGAAGGGAGAGUGUAAAGCUGAAAGGACGGCUGAAAUGAAAGCUCAGGGAGCGAGCCAUGCAACACAAUGGAGACAACAGAGAAAAGAACCAGUGAGCCGGAAGAUACAAGUACAGAAAUCACCCAUUCCGAACAACAGACAGAAAACAGGCUUAAGGGGGGCAGGGGUUGAUGGCGCCAGGGUGGCUCAGUGAGUUAAGCAUCCGACUCUUGAUUUCAGCUGAGGUCAGGAUCUCAGGGUCCUGGGAUUGAGCCCUGCAGUGGGCUCCGCACAGUGGGGAGUCUGCUGGAGAGUCUCUCUCUACCCUUCCCCAUGCUCAUGCAUGCUCACGCUCUUUCAAAUAAAUAAAUCUUAAAAAAAAAAAUAACCCAAAAAUAAACUCCCCCAUAUAAACACACAACAACCCAGAAAUAUGACCCAGAUAUCACAGUCCUAGGCAUUUCCCUGGGAAAAUGGAGACUGGUGUUCACAGAAACGUCUGUACGCUAAUGUUUAUGGCAGAUUUAUUUAUAACGGCCAACAACUGGAAUCAGCCUGGAUGGCCUUCACUUGGUGAAUGGUUAAACCAUGCUACAUCCACACGGUGGAACACCGCCCAGCAAUAAAAAUAAAUGAGCUACCUGUGCACCCUACAAACUAUGAAACUGCACAGAAGUGUGCAAAGCGAAAAAAGCCAACUCAGAAAAGUCCUAUACUGUGUGAUCAUGCAUAGGUGACCUUCUCGGCAUGACAAGACAGCAGAAAUGAACAGAGCGGUGGUUGUCGGGGGUAGGAAAGGAGCGUGGGUCUAAAGGAGCCACAUAAGGGAUCCUUACGGGGAGCACAGAGUCAGUAUCCAGGUUGUGAUAUUGCGUGGUAGGUUUGCAAGAUGUUACUAAUGGGGGGAACUGGAUAAAGGGUACCAGGGUCUCUGUCUUAUUUCUUACAACUGCAUGUGGGUCUGUAAUGAUCUCAAAAAAACCUUAAUGUUUAAAAAUCCACCCGAAAUUUUAAAAAUACCUUUGCAAACAACUCCACUUAAAAAGAGAGAGAAAUGAGAGUGCCUCUGCCUAUGUUUCUGCCUCUCUCUGUGUGUCUCUCAUGAAUAAAUAAAAUCUUUUUUAAAAAUUGAGUGGAUUUUGAGUAGACCACCAACUAAUGUCUCCUGUACGAACUCUUUGAAAAGGAACCACAGCAAACGGACUGAAUUGGGCUCUUUGGAUGAGAUCAAUUCUGCCUAAUUUAAUGCAACAGAGACUUGCUGGAAAGAUAUUGGACUCACUGGGUACAAAUGAACAUGGACAACCCAGGACUGCUCAGGAAUCAGGUGGCUCUGGUGGCCUUUGUAGGAGGAACCACUCUAUGGCUUUUCCUGAGCACUUUCUCAAAGUGAAUGCUGUCCAGGUCUAUUUUCUCCUUUCUUGUCAACACAUUCACCAUUUGAAAUCCUAGGCCAAGAAUAGUUGCCCGUGAUUAGGUUACACCCCUGGGCUAAACUCAGGCCAUGACAGGAAGGAUCCGACGGAAGGAACUUCCAGAGACAUUUGGGUCUCCGAAGUGAGAGGGCAGCGUGCCUACUUCUUGACUCCUAUCAAAUCUGUACUUGUCUGAGGAAGGGAACCGGGGUCCCCUUAUCUGAGAGGAAUGGAUGCUGGAUUUUUUUUAGUUCAUAUAUUAUCCUUAGAUAUUACAUGAUAAUACAUGUGAAAUAGCACAAAGCAGUACUCAGGUGAAAAGUGUGAAUUAAAAGUGGAUUUACCUGAAAAGCAAGAAAGAUUGAAGUGAACUAAGAUUUCAAGUCAAGAAGGUAGGAAGAGGGGUACCUGGGUGGCUCAGUAGAUAAAGCGUCUGCCUUUGGGCUCAGGGCAUGACCCCAGGGUCCUGGGAUCGAGUCCCGCAUUGGGCUCCCUGCUCAGCAGGGAGUCUGCUUCUCCCUCUGCCUCUCCCCCUCCUCCCUCUCCCGCUCAUUAUCUCUCUCUCUCUCAAAUGAAUAAGUCUUUAAAAUUUUUUUUUAAAGAUAGGAAGAGAACAUGAAAAUAAACUCAAAGCAUGAAGUUAUUAAAAGUGGAAGCAGACAUUCACCAUCAAAGAGGAAAAAAAAACCCAGCAAUUGAUUAGUAAAACUAAUAAAUCUGCUUCUUUGACGAAUCCAAUAAAAUAGACAAUCUUUGGCAAGUCCAAUGAAAACAGGAGAGACUAGGGAGAAAAAGAGAGAAAGACAAAGAGUGAGAUACAAACAAACAUUAGUGUUAUACUUCCAGAUAUGGAGAUUUAAAUAAAUGAUAGAAGUGUUAAAGUGUUCAAACCUGCAAAAAUAAAUUUGAAUAGCCACACGAGAUAGAUAUUUUAUGGGGAGCUGUCAAUUACCAAAAUUGACUCAAGGAACCUCUCAACAGACCUGAAAUUAUAGUAGAAACAGGAAAGAUAUUCCAGAAGCUAAAUUCCAAAUGGCAUCUAGUCCAGAUAGUUUUAUAGGUGAUUUCCACCAACCCUGCAUGGAAUGGAAAAUUCCUGUGAUCUCAAACUUUUCUAGAGAAUAUAAAAUUUUCCAACUUGACUUAUGAGGCCUGUACAACUCUGAUAACAAAAUAAAACACACAGAAAAAGACCAUGUCCCUCAGAAGAAAUCUGCGGGCCACUUCUACUUUCUUAGAGAUAAAAAGUUCUACAUACAAUGUGAGCAAACCAAUCUAGAAUCAUAUUAAAAGAAUUCAUAACAGUCAAGUAGGGUUAACCCCAAGCAUUCAAAGAUGUGAAAUUAGAACAAAAGUUCAGCGCAUGAACAUAGGGAGAGAGUAAAACAUAGGAUCGUUUCAGUGGGUUCCAAAGCAUGUCUUUUCCAUGUCUGCAAAGGCCUUCGGUUUAGGAAUGUUUGAAGAAGCCUCCUAUUACAGAAGCUGAAACCGCCGGACCUGUUCUCCCACACUCCUUGGCAGCUAGGUCACAGGCCGAUGAUCAAACCGACACACCCAGAAUUGGAAUUGGGAGCUGGUAGCCCAAGGGAGCAGAGGCGGUGCAGGAUUGUGUCUGUGUGCGGGGCGGUUGUGGUUAACACUGGGUCUCCAGCUCAGCAGCUGGGGCUGUGCAAGACCAGUGGGACCUGGUGUCGGAGCAGGAGCAGAGCUUGGUUCACCACACUGGUUCUGCAGUCUGGGUCUGCUCUGGGUAGCUCCAGGUCUGGUUCUCCAGCCCUUACUGGGAAGUGUGUGGAGCGGCCAAUGUACAUCCAGCAAAUCCCUUUUCAUCCUCAAUUAGCCGGAACAUUUUCUGUUGCUCACGACUAAAAACUGUGAUACGAAUACAGCAAUCGUCAACAGCUCCAGGGGCCCCACUCCACAUCACUCUCUGCAACUUCUCCCCACACUUCUUGCAGCUUGAUUCCUCAUUCCCCCCACCCCCCAUGCUUCCAAGUACUUUUUGCCGUGGGCAUAUCACAUAUUACAUAAAUAUAAAUGGCAAAUCUAUGGAUUAACUGCCUCUGGCCGAAGUGUUAAUGGUGGUGAGGUGAGCAGACGGGGCAGACUGGUGUGGCUGUGUGACGCCCUGCUGGGACGUUAGUCAUUUGAAGGGCCAGUGGACCAACAGUCAUGGUGACAGGCUGUCUGAAAUAGGCACCCAACUUGUCAGUCUUGGGAAGUUUGGUUUCAAAGUAAUCUCUACACCCAACGUGGGGCUUGAAUUCAUGCCCCAAGAUCAAGAGUCAUGCAUUCCACACUCCACCAACUGAGCCAGCCAGGCGCCCCAAGUCUUGGGAAGUCUUAAAAGCCUCUCCGACAAGGAAGAAAUUUGUGGGCUGGGACUUUCCAGAUAAGUAAGGACUGCGUAUAAGGGGAUAAGGGGGUGAGAAGACAGACCAGGCAGAAGAGAGUAUGAUCUAAAAUGAAAGGUGGUGCGGUAAGAGACAGGGCUGGACAGGUAGGAAAGGAACAGACCAUGCAGGACCCUGCAGGCCACGUAAGGGAUCUCAGAGCUGUCAGGAGCCACUGAUGAGUUCUAAGCAGUAGAAGGAUACGAACAGAUCUGUGGUUCUAGAAGACCACUCCCACAUUUAAUGGGGAGAUGGGAGGUUGCAGAGUUAGGAGACCGGCCGGGAAGCUGUGGUGGGGAGGCCCUAGAGAACUGGUGUCCUGGACUGGGAAUGGUGGCAGCAGGGAUGGAAAGAAGUGGAUUCUGGAGAGAUUAGGAGGUAAAAUCAGCAGGACUUGGCAACAGGUUGGAUGGGGGAUGAAGGAUGUUAAGGAUGUUAAGGAUGGCAGUCAUGGAUAGGGAUUGUUUGCACUGACUGAGCGGCUGGAUGGGUGGAUGACACAGGAGGGUUAGCUAUUUGGAGAGAUGACGAGCUUAGCUUUAGACAUAUUGUCUUAAUGCCUGUGGAACACACAAGGAAUCCAAAGGGCAGGGGACCCAGCUGUUCGGGUGUCUGGAGAGGGGUCUGGCCUAGAGGUAGAUUUGAGUCUCUGGGGUGCGUGGAUGGUGGUUGAAAGAUGGAAACAAAUGAGGAUCACGUUGGGUUUUGUGUAGCACAAAAGAAAGGAGAGGGCCAGAGACCAAACUCUGGGGGCAGGCUUGCUUUUCACGAAGGGCAGAGGAAGAGGAAUCAACAAACACUGAGAAAUAACCAGCCAGAGAAGUAAGAAGAAAAUAAGGGGCACAGGGCCCAAGGUGGGAGAGGCCACAGGUAUGCGUGCUGCACAAAACAAGCGAAGUUAUAAUGGAGAUGAGUCCAGUGGAUGCCGGCGGCAGGGGGGGUGCGGGGAGAACCAGUGAUCUUGGCACGAAUGCAGCCAGUGGGUUGGAGGGAACCACGGCAGAGAGGGCAAAGGGCAAAGAGGGGUGAGGGUUAAAACUGGCAACUGUGAAGGGGAAGCAAGUGGCAGCCAGAGAAGCUGAGAAGCUGGGACCGGUGGUGGUCGGAGUCUACUCCCGAUCUGCCCUGUGCAGCCGGACAGCAGGACAAGAGCCACAGGGAGGGCUGGGGGCAGCAGUGAAUGGAGGCGAUAAGGGCCUGUGUCCGGCAGGGACGCUACUCCCGGGUCACAGGAGUCCCUAUCAGGCUGGCAUUUCCUCCCCAUCCCCGUUCCCUUCCUGCCCCUGACCAGGCCCUCCCUGGAGCUGGAGGAGAGGACAGUCACACCCUGCGGGAAGCUCUGCACCCUCAGAGGUCUCUCUGUUUGCCGGUAAGCAGAGGUGGGGCAGGGGGGGUGGUGCCAGCACACAGGCAGUGGCGCUGGCCACCAAGGCUGGAAGGCGGGGGGUCAGUGUGGGCAAGGGCUAGCAGCCAGGACCCACAAGGUGCCCACUCAAGCUCCCCCCCCCCCCCAGGUCCUCAUGCAUCUGCUCCUGUGGUUGCUUCUGCUGGCCCGCCUCUGCCGCCCUCAGUUCAUCUGCGAGGUCUCCAAGGUGACCAGCCAGGUGGAGGUGAACUGUGACAACAAGGGGCUGAAGGCACUGCCCCCGGGCCUGCCAGGGGACACGGCCAUCCUUCAUCUGGCCGAGAACCCCCUGGGUGCCUUCUCCACGGCCCCGCUGGGACCUCUGACCCGGCUGGCCCAGCUGCACCUGCGUCAAAGCCAGCUGACCCAGCUGCAGGUAGAUGGGAUGCUGCCGCGGCUGGAGACCCUGGACGUGUCCCACAACAGGCUGAAAAGCCUGCCGUCGCUGGGACAGGCCCUGCCAGCACUCACUACCCUGGACGCGUCCUUCAAUGAGCUGGUGGCACUGUCCCCUGGCACACUCGAUGGCCUGAGCCACCUCCAUGAGCUCUACCUGCGCGGCAACAAGCUGAAGACACUACCCCCGAGGCUCCUAGCGCCCACGGCCCAGCUGAGGAAGCUCAAUCUGGCCGACAACAGGUUGAUUGAGCUGCCCCCGGGGUUCCUGGAGGGGCUCGGGGAACUGGACACCCUCUACCUCCAAGGGAACUGGCUGCGCACCGUACCUAAAGGCUUCUUUGGGGACCUCCUCCUGCCGUUCACUUUCCUCCAUGGCAACCCCUGGUCUUGUGACUGUGAGAUCCUCUACUUGGCUCGCUGGCUGCGGGACAACAGCAAUAACGUCUACUUGUGGAAGGAGGGUGUGGAAGCCAAAGCCACGACGCCUAACGUGGACAGCGUGCGAUGUGUCAACUGGAAAAAUGUGCCCGUGCGCACCUACCAGGGGAAGGACUGCCCCAGACCCGUGGAUGGGGAUGACAUGGACUACGACGACUAUGACGACGAGGACGAGGACCUCCUGGGGGUUGAGGCGCCUGCCACAUGGGCUGUGGUCAGCUUCUCUACCCACACCAAAGCCCACACAACCCACUGGGGCCUGCUCUACCCAACAUUUGCUUAUCCAGACCACCAAAUGGCCUACUUGUCUUCCACCCUGGAGUUCACUGAGAAACAGACCAUGUUCCCGAGUACCCUGGGGCCCAUUAUGCCCACCACCACCCCGGAGCCCACCACAACCCCAACCACCCCAGAGCCCACCACACCCCCUACCACCCUGGAGCCCACCACAACCCCAACCACCCCAGAGCCCACCACAACCCCCACCACCCUGGAGCCCACCACAACCCCAAUCACCCCAGAGCCCACCAUGCCCCCCACCACCCUGGAGCCCACCACAACCUCAACCACUCUGGAGCCCACCACACCCUCCACAACCCCCACCACCCCGGAGCCCGCCACAACCCCCACCACCCCGGAGCCCGCCACAACCCCCACCACCCCAGAGCCCGCCACAACCCCCACCACCCCGGAGCCCACCACAACCCCAACCAUCCGGGAGCUCCCAAUGCCCCCAACCACCCCAGAGGCCACCAUGCCUCCCACCACCUUGGAGCCCACCACAACUCCAACCAGCCCCACCACAACCCUAACUCUCUCCGAAUCAACCACCUUCUUAGGCAUCCCAGAAUUAACCUCACCUUGUACUACUUCAGAAUACCCAAUAGUCCCCUCCCUUGUCCACCUCCCAGAGGCCCAUGAGGUGGCUCGAGGAACUUCAGAUAGCUCCAGAAACCAUCCUUUGCUCAACCCUGACCUCUGCUGCCUCUUCCCCCUGGGCUUCUAUAUUUUGGGUCUCCUCUGGCUUCUGUUUGCCUCUGUGGUCCUCAUCCUGCUGCUGACCUGGGCCCAGCACGUGAAGCCCCAAGCCCUGGCCAUGGCCACACACACCACCCAUCUGGAGCUGCAGUGGGGAAAGCAGGUGACUGUGCCCUGGGCCUGGCUGCUCUUUCUUCAAGGGUCAUUCCCCACUUUCCGCUCCAGCCUCUUCCUGUGGGUCCGAGCUAACAGCCACGUGGGGCCUCUGAUGGCAGGACGGCGGCCCUCUGCCCUGAGCCUGGGUCGUGGGCAGGACCUGCUAGGUACGGUGGGCGUUAGGUACUCCAGCCACAGCCUCUGAGGCGACGGUGGGCAGUUUGGGGACCUUGAGAGGCUGUGAUGGGCCCUCCUAUCAGGAUCUUGCUGGGGGUGGGUGGGCAGGGAGCACAGGAUUGGGGGGAGGC